AUGAAAGCAAGGAAAGGACAGGCCGGUGUGAAGGGCAACACUGGCAAUGCCAAGAGCCCCAAGCAGAAGGUGCACGACGCAGUGGUUCUGGCCGCAACCACCGAUUUCCACGUCCUGCGCAAGGUGUGGCACGUCGUGGGUGGUCUUGGGCUCGCGGUGGGCUACGGCGGCUGGCUCAGCUGGACGGAGGGGACGAUUGGCCUUGGCGUUCUCUUCUCGCUCUUCGCCAUCUUCGAGCUUGCCCGGCAGCGCAGUGCCGCCCUCAACAACAUCGGAUUGAAGGUAAUGGGUCCCUUGCUGCGCAGUCACGAGGCCAGUGGCCUUUCAGGCUCGUUCUACUUCUUCAUGGGCGCCUUCGUCGUGGUCCUGCUCUUCCCCAAGCCCAUCGCCGUCCUCUCGCUGGCCUAUCUCAGCUGCGGCGAUCCCGUUGCCUCUGCCGCUGGUAUCCUGUGCGGACGCGGACCCUGGAGCUUGAAGAAUGGCAAGUCGCUGUGCGGCGCGCUCCUGGGUGGGCUGGUGUGCGGAUUGCUGACGUGGUACGGGCUGGACCUGCUCUACGUGACGCCCACGCCCUACGAACGACUGGUGGUGACGGCCAUCGGCGCUCUGGUGCCGGGUCUCACCGAGCUCCUCACGCCCGCGCAUCGGCCGCGUCCCUUCCCCACCGAUGACAACUUCCUCAUCCCCAUCACGUCCGCUCUCGCGCUGACUGCUGCCGCCUGGCUGCACGCCCUCCCCGCCGUGCCCAAUACAGCCUACCUCUUGCCCGCCUAG